AUGACCCACGACCCACUGCUCGCCUUGCCCCCCGACGCCGAGCGCCCAGACGCCUCGAUAGACGUCGCUCACUCGCUCGAGUACUGGAAUAGCGUCUCGGCCGACGUGAACGGCAUGCUUGGCGGUUUCCCCCAGACUACGCGCAUUGAUUUGCAAGGCUCGUCCAACUUCCUCACAAAGCUGCGGCGCGGCAGGUCCAAUGCUGCCUCCAAGGAACCCUUGCCGCCUUUACAGCGUGUAGCCGACUGUGGCGCGGGCAUCGGCCGCAUAACAAAGGGUUUACUGCUCGGCGUGAGCGAAAAGGUCGAUGUUGUGGAGCCCGUCAAGAAGUUCACCGACGAGCUGGAGGGAAGAGGUCAGCUGGGUGAGGUUAUCAAUCUCGGUCUACAGGACUGGAUACCCGAGCCUGGUGCAUACAAUGUCAUUUGGAACCAGUGGUGUCUUGGACACUUGACCGACGCACAAUUGGUCGUAUACCUCGAGCGCUGCAAGCAAGGCCUCAAACCAACAACAGAGGGACAGGAUACGUUUAGGAGUUGUAUCAUUGUCAAGGAAAACAUGUCGACAGACAUCAAGCACAAGGACAUCUAUGAUGAUGAAGACUCGAGCGUCACACGGUCCGACGCAAAGUUCCGCAUGCUCUUCCAACAGGCUGGCCUGAAGAUUGUUGCCACAGAGCAGCAAAAAGGUAUGCCCAAGGAACUAUUCCCCGUGCGCAUGUACGCACUCAGACCAGAGUGAACACAGGCCAAAGAAACACAUGAUACCCAACCCUGUUUUUUUUCUCCUCCUCCUCAAUUAAUGUAAAAAUAGAAUGCCCGAAUCAAAUGAUAUACCAUCAUACAA